CCCAGUGGAAAGACCAGAAUGGCGAAUGUCAAACCACAGGAUUACAAUGUGGGGGCUUAUCUGGGACAUCGAAUGGAGCAGCUUGGAGUCCGUGACUACUUUGUCGUACCAGGCAAGGCCCUACCCCUAGGAGAAAGCAACUUGAACAGGAUCAUUAACCUCUAUGUAGGGGACUCCAACCUGAGCCUCCUCGAUAAUCUCCUCGAAAACCCACGUUUACGAAUGGUACAAUGUUGCAAUGAGCUGAACACGGGAUACGCUGCAGAUGGCUAUGCACGUGCGUCGGAGGCGAAAGCAGCGGCGGUUGUCGUCCCAUACAUAGUGGGAGGUCUAUCCAUCCUGAACGCCAUAUCGGGUGCCUGUUCAGAGCGACUUAAGGUCAUCGUUCUGUCGGGCUGUCCACCGACUAGUGUAUUCACCGGCAAUAAAGCAACGCAUCAUACACCGUCGCCCUCAAAUAAGGACCAGGCCCUUCACGCUUUUCAAGGAGUAACAGCUGCAUCAGUACGUGUCGACACUGUGGAAUCCGCCGCAGAUGUAAUUGAUCAUGCCAUCGGUAAAUGUAUACAACAAUCGCUACCGGUAUAUAUCGAACUUCCGAAUGACAUUGCCGGCGCCCCAUGUCGUUUCCCGAUACCCUUAAACCAGAAGGUAGAGGAAGCGACCCAGACAAACAAAGAAGGGGAGGCGUUAGAGGCUAUGACAAACCUAUGGAACUCUUCUCACAGACCAGUACUACUUCUUGGAAGUCAGGUACAAGUAUUGCUUUCGCGAGAUAUCAUCCAAUGCCUUGCUGAGAAACUUGGUUGCCCGGUCUUGUGCCAACCAGACGGGCGUCGGAUAUCGGAAUCCCACCCCCAGUAUUGGGGCACUUUCUGGCCUGGAUUGCUCAACCGCGAAGGAGAGAAACUUGUCCUGAGCUCUGAUCUUUGGCUCGCAGUAGGAGUCUCCUGGUCGGACCUACAUACUCCCUCCAUUGACGUAAAGAACGAGGCCCACCGUUUGAUCAGUUUUGACUAUAACAGCGUCGGAUUGCCGGGAGGCAAAGUCAUUACCCCGAUAAGCGUUAGCAAAUUGGUCUCCGCGAUGAUCGAUAGCACCAGCAUUCGCCCAGCGGAAUUUCUUCCUGGCUUCAAACCAAGCCACCCCGCUAGCAUCCAAGCCGAAAUCAAAACUUCUCAUGAUGCAUUGACAGUGCGGAGUUUGCUUUCUGGCAUUCAGAGUCUGGUACAGGAUACCUCCACAUUGGUGGCAGAUUCAGGCGACACAUGGUUUGCUGCGAGCCAUAUCAAACUGCCAGCUGGGGUGGACCUGCACAUGCAACUUCCCUAUGCAUCGAUUGGAUGGAGCGUGCCAGCAGCCCUUGGCGCUCAAGUAGCUCGUCCUCACGGCCGUAUCGUUCUUAUGGUAGGCGAUGGUGCAUUUCAAAUGACGGCCCAAGAGAUAGGCACAAUGAUUCGGAUGAAACUGAAUCCGAUCAUUUUGCUGUUCAAUAAUCUGGGAUACAAGACUGAGACUGCAGUGCAUGAAGGCCCAUAUAACUAUAUUGCGAACUGGGACUAUACCAAGCUGGCUACCUCGUUCUUGGACAAGCCCCAUGCGCAACCUUCUAACCCGUAUGCAACGGAGAAGUCAGAUCUGGAUGCAAUUCCCGCGUUUGCCGAGAAAAUCCAGACCCAGGCGGACCUCCUGCGGGCAAUAGAGAGGGUAUCCACAGAGAGCGAUAAGCUUGCGUUCUUGGAGUGCUGUAUCCAGCCAGACGAUAUGACGCCAGAGCUGCGAGCCUUGGGAGAGAAGGAUUCUGCACAAUCACCCCGCCUUGACGCACUCACUCAAUUACACGCAAUAUCCUCAGCUACAGACCCAAAUCCUUUGCUGUUCAUAGCAGACAUGACUGAUGCACAAGAUUCUGACUGUGAAGACUUUCACUCUUCACAUGGUCGAGACUAUGAUACGUUUGUGCAGGAGACAGCUGGAAUUCGAAGGCUUUACGAGGCUGGAGUUCCCUUUUUCACAAAGGAACAGCUCCGUGACCUUAGUAGGCAGCUUAAAGAAGCAGAAAACUCCGAAAAGCGAGAGGUACUCAUCAAGGGAUUAGAGGGCACUGAAGAAACUUUUGAAGUCAGAACUGGUGUCACCAGGGCUGGGUCGGAGCCCGGUACAGAAUGGGUUCUCAAGGCACCAGCCAUCGAAUACCGCACCUUUGGGUUCCUCACCUCGUACAGGGCGUACCAGAUGGAUGGAUAUAGUGACCUCAGCCUAAGGGUUCUCCACUACAUGGAGUUGCGCGACGAAGUUACGAAAGAGUUACGACCUGGAUUCCGCUACAUUGUGGAUUCGGUUAAGACAAUCAAUGAUUCCUUUACAACCAGCAUCCAGACCUGGGAAGCCAGCGAAUCAUACACGCAACUGCAGAAGAUCAUCGAAUCGCGUGAGAACCUCCCUCCGAUCACAAAGAUUGUUGCCCUCGCGCUAGGUACUAUGCAGCCUCGUUCGAUUGAGAAUUGGGACCAUCGGUCUGAGUUUCAGCAUGCCUUGGCCUUGACAUUGCGUCGCAUCGUGAGUAAGUGCCAGGGAGAGACAGCCGACAAAAUCGAAUGCUUCGCACAGGACCCUGCCUACACCGCUAUUGACAAGUCGAUUCUCGAGAAAUACGAAAUCACUUGUCUGGAGGAUCCAGAUGCUUUCGUAGAGAUUGAUGAUUCCACUAUUGUCUUGACCUUCGCGCCGGAUGUGCCCGUGAGACAAAUCGUUGCGGACAUUGCUCGGCCUGCGAUGAUGAUUUGGAAUACAUGCGAGGAUGAGAUAUGGUUGCAUAACGGUCGUGAGCAGUUCAUGACGGAUCCCUUCUCUGCACGGCUGAGAAAUAUGAUGAUGAAGGCCUAUGACCGAAUUGAGUUCUUGAGUGACGAGGAAUGGUUCGGCGAGGUGGCGAUCUUUAUUCGGCGUGACUGA